UGGGGUCCCCAUGUAUGCAAUACCCAGGACGGAUGAAGACUUUUCCUCACAGGAUCUUCCUCUCUGUCUUUAUCCGGAGACACAGCAGCCAGUCGGAGAGACAUUUUGAGGUUAAUUGGUGAAAAAUGCCGGAGGAGGCCGAACGGGAGAAAUUACCCGAAGUCAUCAGACAGUGGAACAACAACAGAUUGGAUUUGUUUGAAAUAAGUCAACCUGAUGAGAACUUGGAGUUUCAUGGAGUGAUGCGCUUCUACUUUGAGGAUCGUGUUGGAGGAAAUGUGGCCACUAAGUGUCUGCGUGUCUGCAGCGACGCUUCAACUCAAGAGGUCAUCGACACUCUGUCAGAGAAGUUCAGGCCUGACAUGAAGAUGCUGACAAAUAGUUAUUCCCUGUAUGAGAUCCACGCUAAUAAAGAACGUAGACUGGAUCCGGACCAGAGACCCUUGGUUGUACAGUUGAACUGGACCACAGACAACAGAGAAGGACGUUUUGUGCUCAAGAAAGUCAAGGAGAGUUUGGAGGAAAACCGUCACGAGAAGGAAAAGGGAGGUGUGAUCCAAACCUUCAAGCGGACACUUUCAAGAAAAGACAAAAAGAAAGAGAAGAACAAAACCAAAGCAACUGACACGUUUUCAGAUGACGAGAAUGGGCCAACUGAAAAGCUCCUGAACAACAACAGCAUUUGUGUGUCCAACAAUGAGGAGAAAAAGAGCUGCACAGAAAACCCACGGCCACAUUGGCCGGCUGCCGUCGAGGCAAAGCACACAGACAAUAUUUACCGGGAUUCUUCCGAUCAACCUGGAUUGCCAAUCGGAAUUAAAUUCAGCGACAGCUCCGAAGGAGCCUUCCUGUCUGCAGUCCUGAAUUACACCAACAGCUCCACGGUUCAUUUCAAGCUCUCCCCGGCGUACGUCCUCUACGCCGGGACGCGCUUUGCUCUGCAGCGCCACCACAGGCGAGGCUCCGCACGCGGCGACCACGGCGUCACGUUGACUGCAAGUAGAUUGGUGGCCAUGACAUCAAAGGUCAUCGAGAGGCAGCAGGCCGGCGCCGGCGCUCUCGCCUUCUGGAUGGCCAACUGCUCCGAGCUGCUGAACUUCCUCAAGCACGACAAAGACCUCAGUGUGAUCACACGUCAAAGUCAGCUGGACCUGUCCCACCUGGUGCACAAAGCCUACAGUUGCCUGCUACUCUGUCUUCAGAAUGACUUAAGGAAGCACUUGCCCACUUUUUUGAUUGAUCCCGAGCAACAUGGAGCCCUGCCUGCUGGAAUAGAAAUGGUGCUGAACACCUUGAUGAACGCCAUGUCCCUCUUACGCCGCUGCCGGGUCAACCCUGCCUUGACCAUCCAGCUCUUCUCCCAGCUCUUCCACUUUGUCAGCGUGUGGCUCUUCAACCAGCUCAUGAACCCAGAGGCCAACACUCCUGGCCUGCGCUCCCACUACUGGGGGGCGGCUCUCCGCCAGAGGCUCACGGCCAUCGAAGCCUGGGCGGAGCGGCAGGGCCUGGAGCUGGCCGCCGACUGUCACCUCGGACACAUCCUCCAGGCAACCAUGCUCCUGACCAUGAGCAAGUACUCAAUGCAAGACGUGAAGGCCGUCCAGAGUACCUGUUUCAAGUUGAACUCUCUGCAGCUGCAGACGUUGCUAUCCGGCUACCUCUAUGCAACCAAUGAACCUCGCAUUCCAACCGAUUUGAUCGAUGCCGCAGUGACGGCCGCGAAGGUCUCAGCGGAUAACCUGAUCCGGAGCGAAGGGCGGGACAUCCGCCUGGAGGAGAGCCUCGACCUGCGUCUGCCCUUCCUGCUGCCGGAGGGAGGAUACUCCUGUGACACCGUGAGAGGAAUCCCGCUGGGCCUCAGGGAAUUUUUGGAGCCAAUUUGCCAGAAAGGUCUUUGCUCUCUGACAUCAGAGCCAAACUCUACAGGUGACUGGACCGUGUUCUUCAGUGAACCAACUUCCUCUGCAGAGAGCACGAGUUCGGCAACACACGGAGAGCCGGGCGUUGUGACCAUCACACUGAACAAGCCUCUGAACAGUGGGAUGGGGGUCAGCAUUGUGGCUGCCAAGGGAGCAGGUCAAGAAAACACUGGGAUUUAUAUAAAAUCCAUUGUCAAGGGAGGACCAGCUGAGAUGAACGGCAAGUUAACCGCUGGGGACCAGCUGCUGAGUGUGGAUGGUAGAAGUGUGAUCGGCCUCAGCCAAGAAAGGGCCGCCGCUAUCAUGAUGCAAACGGGCCCCGUUGUGACCUUGCAGGUUGCAAAGUUUGCGGCGAGCUUCCACGGCCUGGGAGCUGUACUGAGCGACCCGACACCCGAGACCACAACAGGCGGUAGAGGCCCCACCGAGCCGGGCGGUAAAGGACUCGCGCUGAACAGCGUUGAUCCUGCUCCGUCAGAUCGGCUCAAUGGAGGCAACAGAGGGACGACGGACCGGAUAAUACAGAGAAACAGACAACUGUAUCGCUCCGACCCCGACAUGAAGGUGUGUUUUUCCCCCGAGGAGGAUGACCCCGUUGACCCCGUUGUGAGAGGGAACAACAUGGCUGCUGUCUCCACCCUCCACCUUUGUUACGAUACAGUUCACAGGGAAUACUUGACACUUCCGGCCCAUAAAUCCCAGGAAAAGAACGUGUCUGAAACCAGUCGACCACAGCAAACACUGAAGGUGUCUUUCAGGCCUUUAGACGGACUUCACUCCACCAAGAGGACCUUUAUGCGCCACGCUCUGUCCCAGGAGAACUUGUGCGUGGACAGAGGAGGCCCCCUGCUGGACGGACGGCAGCACUUCUGGGAGCCGAAGGAGCAGCGUGCAAAGCAAACCACCAGCCCCUAUUCAUCGUUCCCCAUCCGCUCCAGCGUUUCAUCCCACGACAUCCUCUCAGAUUAUCGCCCGCCCACAAAACAGCAGCAGGGCGGCCGCACGAGCGGCGCCGGUGUCUGGAGAGCUCCUUUCUCACAGCAUCCAACACCGACGCCCUCCAACCAGCCGACGCGCGUCGACAUCCCUGUGACCAGAGCGAUGGACGCGCACGCAAGCCCCCCGCUCACCACCUUCCAGGGUUCCUCUCUGCAGGCGGCGCGAAUGUGCCAAACCCUCAAAGCGCGUGGGGCGGGGAACAGAGCGGAUCACAUCUAUGCGUGUCCCAUCACUGCGACCGGGAGGCCGCCGCAACCCGCGCCGCCCUCACAGCAGCAGAGGUGCAACACCCACAGGGACCCAGCUGCAAAGCCCCAAGUGAGCAUCACUCCGACUAAACACGUCUCCUUCCAGGAACCUCUCACCGAGCAGGAGCAGUGCACGGGGCCUGCGAGGCCCAAAGACCCUCCGGACCGGUGCGACCCGUGGAGGAGGGACGCUCAGGAGAAGCUGGAGAAGCAGCAGAGGCUCCGCGUGGUGGAGCUCCUGGAGCAGGAGGUGCAGGAGCUCCAGGGCAAAGCGAGGCGCACGGCGGAGGAAAACGGCCGACUGCGAAGGAUCAACCUGGAGUGGCAGUUUCAGAAGAGGCUGCAGGAGGUGCAGCAGAGAGGAGAGGAUGAGGAGGAAGAUGAGGACUUGGACAUGAUGGUAACAAUACAGCAGCUGGAGAAAAGGGAACAGGUGAAGACCGACGCAGGUAAUAAUAGAAGCUCUUCUGGAAACGUCAACAAUGAAUUGGAAGAGUCUGAGAAGCCGGUGGAGACAAAAGCAACGCUCGGUAAUUGUUUAUCAAAGACAGAGUGGACGAAGUCAACAAUCCAACAACAUACUAUCAAACAAGUGGGUCUAACCUGUAACACAUUGAAAUUCAAUCCGAACAAGCAGCUUUUGAUAAUAAUAAUAACAAUAAUUUGAUAUUACUGAUUUACAGAAACCCAGAGGAGAAAACCAGGAGGGCGUCAGCUCCUGAAAAGCUCACAUUCAAGGAGCGCCAGCGUCUCUUCUCUCCGGCGUCCAGUGCAUGAAUGAAUUGAAUGCAUGAAUGAAUGCGCAAGAUUUGUUAACAACUACCUGGGGAGGAGAAUGUCAAUGCAAAGAAAAGUAAUCCUUUGCUAAGCAAAACGAUAGUAUACAGUACCAUGUAAAAAGACAGUAUGAUGAUGCAUUUACUGAACAAAUAUGUUGCUUGAGUUUCCUAUUCAUAGAUAAUAAACGGUUUAUUUAGAAA